AUGUUCAGUGGCGACUAUACAAUUAAGAAGGGACGACUUGAUACAUUCCUAGACGACCAUCGUUUGCAAUUCCACCCCGGGGCCAGCUUGGUCAACCUUUUCGCCAAAGGAGAAAGCUGCCACUUCGAGAUGUCAUGGGUUAUUUCUUCCGACAACCCUUCCAAAGCCACCUUCCUCCACGCUUUUGUUUUGCCUCCAGGACGCAUCAAAAUUCAACCGAUAAGAAACACAUUGCAGGAGAAAGUGAAAGACACUGCAGUUCUCAUUGGGGAUUCGCAACCCCAGAUGUACGGAGGUUACGUGAGGCUCAACUUCGGCGCAAAAGAACCGCCACCCGCUCAACCCCUCACCCUGCCACCCGUCAGCGGCAACAAGCGAAAGUGCAAGCACAUGCACACGACAGCAAGACGUCAUGGCAGCGGAAUCCCUGAUGCACCCACCAUGCACCUUCCACGAGAACGACUCAAGAUGCAACAACCCUUGCGCCCGUAG